AUGAAUUGCGCGGAUGUCGGUAUCUUCCUGUGCUGUCUGGUGUCUAUUGCAUGUAAAGUGAGGCUUUUAACCGAGACUCAGACAGCCGGUAGCGCGGCGCUUGGGUUGUCCGCACCAGAGGCGGAACGUAUCGCCCAGGCUUGCUCCACCUCCGCAUCACGACGUUCUUUCACUCCCCCUUUUGCCGCUGCGGCUGUUGGGGGAGCGGCAGCAACAAGACCAACGUCAGUUUUGGGGGGCAGAUCGCAGUUGCACACGAGUGUGGACAUGGGAGGACACCGCGGGGGACCUCACCCGCCUGGUUAUGACUAUUCCGCACCUCUUUGCGAGGAUGAGGUGGCGGGGGCUGCUGUGGACGACGCCGAUGUUUGCUACCGCGCUGACGACGAUGACAGCGGCAACGACAAUGCUGAGGAUGCGACUGACGGCGCAGACCCCACAGUACGUCUGUAUUCGCUGUCUUUGACGCAGCGCAUCAUGGUAGGUGUGAAUUGGCUCUCCGUGAUCUCCAAUUGCCUGACGUAUUUUUUGCGCCCCUCGCAGGUUUUGUAUGCGUUUCUGCUUUGUAGUUCAGACAUGAUGUUGUACGUUGUCACCGAUCCUGCUGUUGGCAGACGAAGGCGUCGUAGAUCACCUUUGUUGCGUUCUUUGGGUUUAACCCCCGCCAUGCAUCUGGGGGGCGCGGCGGCAACGGCAAUGGCUGUCGGUCUAGAUGUUGGAGAAGGGAGUUAUCACACUUCCGUGUGGGCGGAACGCUGCGCCGAGGCGAGGCAGAAACCUUCUUCAAAGAUGGGCUUCAUCCUUUCCGCCAAACAGACAACGGAUGCCCACGGUGAUGCUGGGAUCAUACCGAGCCAUGCCUCGCGGCUUGAUCAUGCCUGUGGGCGACAGAAGCUCAAAACCGGUGUCAAAUGUGUUCCGCGUCUUAUCCAUCAACGUGGUCUAUUUCUCGUUGCAGUCAAUAUGGUGUUCCUGUUUGCUCUCAUUCUUUUCCAUCUGCAUCAUUUAUUCUUCUGGGUGGGGACAGUGACGGGGUACCUGGCGGCGUGCGGAACCCUCUACGUCCUCGGUUGUGAUGUGGGGUUGUUGCUGCAAGUGUUUGGGUGGCUGCGUUUCGGACGCUCCUUUCGGGUACCCUCCGCCCCGUCUUCAUUCUCACCUGUCGCCGUGGUGGCCGCACUGAGUAGCGUCGAUUUAUUUAGUGCCUCGUUGCCCCCCGCCGGGGCGAUGUUGAACCGACAGCUGCGUGUACUUUACGCCACACAGCUGGUCUUCUCUUUUGCCUGCUCCGCCUUCUACUUCUCCAUGCUGCUUGAGGAAGGGGCGGCACUGUACAGUACGCAUCUGGAGUUUAUGCGUUGGUAUGUGGGAACGGUGGGGCUGGGUUUGCUGGAUCUUGCCCGCCUGCUUCUCUUUGGCUCCAUCCUGUGGCUCGGCGCGGGAUGGGAUGAGAAAAAACUGACGCCAUUGCCUGCAUGA